AUGCACUUGCUCAACUUGACUCUGUCGCCUCCUACGUCCAUCACGACGGCCGUGGUGGGUUCCUUCUCGGGGGCCAAAGGUCAAGAGAUACUGGCAGUGAGAGGAGGCACAAAGUUGGAAAUCCUAAAGUUGAACACUGGAACGGGAUUGCUCGAUACCAUAUGUACUACCGAGGCUUUUGGAACGGUUCGUAAUGUUGCUGGAUUUCGACUAGCUGGAAUGACCAAAGAUUAUAUUCUCCUGUCGUCCGAUGCUGGGCGGUUAUCAAUCAUCGAAUUUGUGGUCACCCCUACACCACAUUUCGAAAGUCUCUAUCAGGAAGUUUAUGGAAAGUCCGGCAGCAGACGUAUCGUACCUGGGCAGUUCCUCGCCGUAGACCCAAAAGGUCGGAGUUGUAUGUACGGAGCCAUCGAAAAGGCCAAGCUGGUCUACGUCCUGAAUCGAAACGCAGAAGGUAAAUUGUUCCCCUCCUCGCCGUUGGAGGCGCACAAGAACCACACGUUGGUCGUGGACAUGAUCGGGGUGGACCAGGGCUAUGACAAUCCCAUGUACGCUGCCCUUGAGAUGGACUACACCGAGGCAGAUGAGGAUUCAUCCGGGGACGCAAAAGACCGGACUCAAAAGUUCUUGACCUUUUACGAGCUGGAUCUCGGAUUGAAUCACGUCGUGAGAAAAUGGAGUGAGCCGACAGAUAGGAGAGCGAACAAGCUCGUUCAAGUGCCUGGAGGUCAGAAUGCCCAAUCUGAGCGCUUUGAAGGUCCUUCCGGUGUCCUCAUUUGCUGCGAGGAUCAUAUCAUCUGGAGACAUAUGGACGCCGAGCCUCACCGCAUACCUAUUCCUCGACGGAGGAAUCCGCUGGCUCAACGCGGAGAGAGCAGUCGAGGCAACAUCAUCGUGUCGGCGGUCAUGCACAAGAUCAGAGGCGAUUUUUUCUUCCUGCUUCAAAAUGAGGAUGGCGACCUGUUCAAAGUGACCAUCGAGCAUGAGGGCGAGGAUGUCCGGGCACUCAGAAUCAAGUAUUUCGAUACUGUGCCUGUAGCUCAGAGUCUGUGUGUUCUGAAGAGCGGAUAUCUCUUUGUAGCCAGCGAAUUCGGUGACCAGCAACUGUAUCAAUUCCAAUCCCUCGGAGACGAUGGUGAUGAACAAGAAUGGUCUUCAUCCGAUUACCCCCAAAAUGGCGACUCUGACGCUCCUCUUCCCUAUGCUUUCUUCAACCCUCGACCGAUUCAAAACCUCGCGCUUGUCGACACUCUGCCCUCUCUCGACCCUAUCACCGACGCCAAAGUCGUCAAUCUCCUCGGCCAUAAUUCGGACACUCCACAAAUUUACGCUACAUGUGGUCGAGGGCCUCGCAGCACAUUCCGGACUCUCAAGCAUGGCUUGGACGUCAGUCCCGUGGUUGCGUCCCCUCUACCCGGUGUUCCGAAUGCCGUGUGGACCGUCAAGUUGACGGAAGAUGAUGAAUUCGAUUCGUACAUCGUCCUCUCCUUCCCCAACGGUACUCUCGUGCUUUCAAUCGGCCAGACAAUCGAAGAAGUCAACGAUACGGGUUUCCUGUCCUCUGGACCGACCUUGGCAGUCCAGCAACUGGGCAAUUCGGGUCUCCUGCAGGUUCAUCCGUACGGUCUGAGGCAUAUUCGAGCUGCGGACCGUGUGGACGAGUGGUCUGUGCCUCCUGGUUGCUCGAUCGUCUCUGCUACGACCAACAAGAGACAAGUCGUCAUUGCGCUCAGUACUGCUGAGCUUGUCUACUUCGAGCUAGACCCUGAAGGAUCAUUGAGCGAGUAUCAGGAUAAGAAGGAGCUGCCGGGGAAUGCUACGUGUCUGAGUAUCGCGGAGGUGCCAGAAGGUAGACGACGGACACCGUAUUUGGCGGUCGGUUGUGACAAUCAAACUGUUCACAUCAUUUCGCUCGAGCCCGAAAACACGUUAGAGACUCUUUCCCUCCAGGCCCUUACAGCACCCCCAUCUUCCAUCUGCCUCGCUGAAAUCUUUGACACAUCUAUUGACAAGAAUCGAGCCACACUUUUCCUCAAUAUCGGUCUGACAAACGGUGUUUUAUUACGUACAGUUGUCGACCCUGUCGAUGGCACAUUGUCCGACACUCGUCUUCGAUUUGCCGGAGCCAAACCGCCACGUCUUGUGAGGGCUACUGUUCACGGCGCGCCGGCCGUCCUUGCCUUUUCGACCCGAACCUGGAUCGUCUACACACAUCAGGAUUUAUUGCAGACCCAGCCUCUGAUCUAUGAUCAGCUGGAGUUUGCCUGGAGCUUCUCAGCUAGCAUGUGUCCCGAGGGUCUGAUUGGAAUAUCAGGUAAUACUCUCAGGAUAUUUACCAUUCCUAAACUCGGCGAGAAGUUGAAGCAGGACACCACGCCUCUCUCGUACACACCUCGUAAAUUUGUCAGCCAUCCCUACGCUCCGAUCUUUUACAUCGUUGAGGCCGAUCACCGGACAUAUGGACCAAAGACAAUCGAGAGGAUACUUGGGGAGAAGGAGGCCAGCGGGAGCAGAGUUGAUCGAACGAUCCUGGACCUUCCGCCAACUGAAUUUGGUAGACCGAGGGCUGGUCCUGGACAUUGGGCAUCAUGUCUGAGAAUAUUGGAUCCUGUAGCUAAUGACACCAUUUCCACGUUCGAGAUGGACGAAGAUGAGGCUGCUUUAUGCGCCACGAUAGCCUAUUUCCCUCAGGGCAAUGGCGAGCCAUUCCUGGUGGUUGGGACGGCAAAGCAAAUGGUGGUCACGCCAAAGUCCAGCCAGGGUGGAUUCUUGAGGGUGUAUGCGAUCAAGAAUCAAGGCAGAGAACUGGAACUGCUGCACAAGACCAAAACCGACGACGUACCUCUUUGUCUCGCUGGCUUCCAAGGUUUCUUGCUCGCUGGUAUCGGCAAGUCUCUGCGGCUGUACGAGAUGGGCAAGAAGGCCUUGCUGCGAAAGUGUGAAAACACUGGCUUCCCGACUGCUGUGGCGACGAUCAAUGUCAUUGGUGCUCGAAUUAUCGUUGGGGACAUGCAAGAGUCCACUUUUUACUGUGUCUAUCGAUCCAUCCCGACUCGACAAUUAUUGAUCUUUGCCGACGACUCUCAACCUCGAUGGUUGACCUGCGUCACGAAUGUGGAUUAUGACACGGUCGCAUGCGCCGACAAGUUUGGAAACGUGUUCGUGAACCGGGUCGAACAACGUGUCUCUGAGACUGUGGAUGAGGAUCCUACAGGAGCUGGAAUUCUACACGACAAAGGAUUCUUAAUGGGUGCUGCGAACAAGACGGACUUGAUAGCGCACUACAAUGUGGGAAGCAUCAUCACGAGUUUGACCAAAGUGCCCCUCGCUGAAGGUGGUCGUGACGUCUUGGUGUACACGACGAUCUCUGGCGCGGUUGGUGCGCUGAUCCCCUUUGUUUCCAUGGACGACGUGGAUUUCAUGUCCACGCUUGAAAUGCACAUGCGAGCUCAAAACAUUUCUCCGAUCGGGCGGGAUCAUCUCGCAUACCGUGGCUAUUAUGCGCCGAUCAAAUCAGUCAUUGAUGGUGAUCUCUGCGAGGCAUUCAAUACGCUGCCUUAUCCCAAGCAGCAGGGUAUAGCAUCUGAUCUAGAUAAGAGUGUAGGGGAUGUGUUGAAGAAACUUGAGCAGAUGAGGACGAGUAGUGCGUUCUGA